GCUCCGCCCCCGGGGGCGCAGUGCGCAGGCGCGCGGGCCGGCGGCGCGGGGGGAGGGCUUGAGAUGAGCGUGCUCCUGCCCAACAUGGCGGACUUCGACACUAUCUAUGAGCUGGAGGAGGAGGAGGAGGAGGAGUCCGAGCCUGUGGUGCGGAGCCAGGAGCUGCCUCGGCCCCGCGAUGCGCCGGAUCCCGUAGCGGUACGGGGCGCCGGGCACAUCACCGUGUUUGGCUUGAGCAACAAGUUUGAUACAGAAUUUCCUUCUGUUCUUACAGGGAAGGUUGCCCCAGAAGAAUUCAAGACCAGCAUCAGCCGUGUGAAUGCCUGCCUGAGGAAGAAUCUCCCUGUCAAUGUAAAGUGGCUGCUUUGUGGCUGCCUGUGCUGCUGCUGCACACUGGGCUGCAGCCUGUGGCCCGUAGUCUGUCUUAACAAAAGAACUAGAAGAUCAAUUCAGAAGUUACUAGAAUGGGAAAAUAACAGACUAUAUCAUAAGCUCGGUUUGCACUGGAAGCUGAGUAAAAGGAAAUGUGAAACUAGCAAUAUGAUGGAAUAUGUAAUAUUAAUAGAGUUCUUACCAAAAUAUCCCAUAUUUCGACCUGACUGAGGGACAGCAUUUGGUCUUUCAUGUUACCUGUCAUUUUUUACCCUUAGUGCCUUGUAGAUGAUUUUGGAAAGAAGAUGGUCUACUUUGCUGUGACUUAAACAUGUUCUUCAGUAGAGUAUCUUCCUUGCUAUGUUACUUUCUUUUGUUAAGAAGAGAACAAUUUGCACAUUUUUUUUAUGUUAAAUGAUGCUUCUAUGUUGCACUCUUGAAUUUUUAACUUUAACUGAUAAAGUUGCCACUAGGGAUCUAACAUCAGUGCUGCUUAAACUUGUUCUGAGCAUGCUGCCUUAUUAAUUUCUAUAUUUGCUGUCCUCAAACACACAUCCUAGUGCCAUGUCAUACUAUAUUUCAUACUAUAUUUCAUUUUCCACGUUGCAAUCCUGUAAUCCCUCCAUAGAAAUGGCCAGGUAAGCGUCUCGUAGUCAUGAGUUUAGUAUAACCUGCUUGCAUAGGACUUGCAAUCAACAGCACUGGUUUUGUCCUGCACUUUGCAAAAUCAUCAUUUACAUUAGGGGGUUAAUUAUUUUACCCACUAUGGAUUUGUAAAUAUUGACUCUUUGCAUAAUGUCAAGUGUGGUAUGCCAAGGUUUACAGAAUGUAAUAUAGCUCUUAUUCUAUUGCCAACAGGCUGACAUCAUUUUACUCAUUACAUUUGCUAGUGUCCCUCUGGUUGUACAGACCCUCUCACCUGCUGGUUUUGUGGUAAAGCCAUAAUGAGUUUGUACAUACUACCAAACGUGUAGGGCUCAGUUGCACUUUGUUUAGUAAAUGGGAGAAAAAUGCAUAGCAUUUCUGUCUUUUCUUUUAAAAAGUGUUUCAGGUGUUUGUAGAACCUGAAAUAGGAAUCUUAAAUAUUCUCCAUCUUUGAAAAACUGGCAUUUGUGGGGUAGACGGCAGCUGCUAGUAGCGAAACGUCCUAAAGCCUCUUUUUUACAUGAGGAGUACUUGGAUGUCAAGUUUUGUUUUGUUUUUAAAUAAGGAAAAAGUUUUGUAACUGGAGACCUUCAUUGCUAAAGAGAAAUAUUUGGAAGAGCCAAAUCAAAGCUGAAGUAAUACUUUUGUUAUUUUUGUAGUGUGAUAGAACUUCAACAUUUUAACAGUGAAGUGACACAGCAUCCUUUCCAGUGGAAAUAAACUUUAUCUUAAUCAGAAUAGUGUUUCAAAAUACACUGAUGGGAGGAAGUGGAUCAGUUGAAAGGGUUCAGGCAUAUGUGUUGGUAUUCAGACACAGUCUGAAGAGCCACAAAUGCUUUGUGAAUUCACAAGUAUUUUUGGAUUUAUUGCUGUUUACCUGGUCUCAGGAAGGGAAGUAACUGUAGAAAAACUUCCAGUAAUGGCUGGCCUAAGCAAGACCAUUUGAUAAUACGAAGCAAAUGAAAUCUAUAUACUUCUCUUACAAAUAAAUUUUUGGAGUAAAUGAAGGGAGCUUAGUUUAAUUAACAGAACAAUGGAAGUUUCUUACUGUUACACCAGAAUUUUGUUAGUAAUUUUCUUAUUUUUGUGUAAGAAACUCAAGGAAUCUCAGCAGGUUAUUUUCUUCUUUAUACGACUAUAUAUUCAAAAUGUUCUUUUCCAACUGAGAGAACAGGCAAGCUGCAUGAGAGUUCUAGGAAUUAAUUGUCAGUGGUGAAUGCUUAGCAGUUCUCAGUCUUGCUGCUACAAGGGAUCAUCUUCAGUCUUUGCUGACUUUAGCAUAUUCAGUUCAAAAUUUCUCAACCUGAUUUGUCUUGUUUCUGUCAAGUGCUGUGCCAAGCUGAGAGGAUAACCUGAGCUACAGGAGCCUCCAGUCCUUCUGGGCUGCUCCCUGCCCAGCCUGUGCUAGGAUGUAGUUGGAGAUCCAAGGCAGAACAAGAUCUCUGCUUUGCUUUCCCACCUCAUCCCUUUGUCCCCGUCCCCUGGACCUGCUCAUGUCCAGUACUGCUGGCUGCUCUGCUCACAGCUGACUGGCUGCCCUCGGGUCUCUCCUGGGAGCCACGAGGGAUUUAAGCACAGAAUAUUAGUUUACAAAGUUUACAUUUGAAGUAUGUAAAUUCUAUACAUUUUCUUUUGUCCCUUAAUUAUUGUGUAGUCUUCAAACCAUGGAAGGGUCUCUUCUUUUUCUGUUUUGAUAGACAUUUAAAUAAGUGGCUAGUAAAGAAUGAGAGCCAAAACUGCCAUUUGCAGUAAGCUUCAUGUUUUAAUAAGUAGAUAAAUUAGCAUUAAAAUGCAAAACCAGCACCAGUAUUACAUUUGCAUUUGAAAGACACGGGUUCCAUAGCUCAUUUAAAGAUGAAGGCAGCUGUAAGUACUGCUGUGAACUCUGCACUUCUGCUAUGCUUACAGGUUCUUUUUUGCCUGGGCUAUCCUUUGCUUUAAUAUAAAACCAUUCAGGGGUAAUUGUAUCUAAAGAGACUGCAAAUCUCAUUUUUGACAAUAAGAUGUCAGCUUGAGUUGGGAAACCUAUUUAUGGAGGAUACUUGUUAAUUGGAGAAAUAAGUUGUAGCAAUAUAACAGAUUAAUGUUAGCAAAGUGUAGUGGAAGUGGUAAAGAAAGUGCCUUGACUGGUUCCAACAAAAGAGAAAACUCUGAGCAGAGAGUGAGGAGAAAAGGGAACUAAUAACUAUCAGUAGUGUGAGUUUGCAGCAGAUUUUUAAAAGCAGUUACUGUCUACCAAGUCAGUGUUUAAUUUUUCAUACAAACAUGUUGACACUGAUUUUCCUUUCUAGUUUUUAUCUAGGAAAUAUUUGGGUUUGUAUCUAGUAAGUUUUUGUAUCUAAGGAGUAUUGGAGUAUUAAAGAAUACUUGGCAGAGCAACAAAGCUCCUGCCUACUGAUUCCCCACCUGCAUCUGUGAAGUUCUUUUACUAUAGGAAACAAAAGGUCUUCCAAGACAUGCACAGACAAGUCUAGGAAGUGUGGAUACAGUUGUAGAAAGGUGACUUUAAAAUAAAAACAUUUUUGCUAAUUCUGUUAUGGUCUUGAUAAAUAAAUAAAAAAAAAUCCCAUGCUUUCCUUGAUAUGUACAAAACUCCAUAUGCAAAACCAUAUUGUUAUGUUUAUUAUUGUCCCACUGUGACAGUUUACUACAUUUACUUGUCAACACACUACCAUUGGAGCAAUAAAAAUGUCAAGCUAUUCAAUGUAAAUAAUUUAUCAUUUUAGUGAGUAAUGUUAUUUGAUUCUUCUGCCAUUUUGUUUUGGCUUUUGCUGUUCUUAUGGUGUUGUAUCAUUACUCGUACUGCUUCAGAAAAGUGGUUUUGUUUAAGCUGUAUGAAACUUUGUGUUCUUAACAUUUUUAUUCUGUUUACAAGUGAACAGCCACUUUUUUAAUAGGACCUCACAUAUUGAGACUUUUCUCUUUUUUUUCUUUUUAUUAAAAUAAAAUCCUAACUGAGCUUGCUUUCUACAAUUUCCUGAACUGGCUUGUGCCAUUAAAUGAAGCUGGAAGUCAGACAUGCUUAAUCACUUUGAGACAUUUUUCUUUAAUUAAAUUUAAAGAUGAAAACCUUUGAA